CAAAACCCCAAUUCACCAUUAAUCCCCACAAAAAACACACACAUGAACAAACAGGCAGAAAAAAAAUGGAAGAAGGAUCAUUAAUGGAGGAGAAAAGAAAUGUUACCUGGGAAUACAUGUCGCUAAUCAACGAACUCAAUCAGGGCAUGGAGAAGGCCAAGCAGCUUCGUUUCCAUAUCUGCCUCGCUUCCGAUUCCGAUUCCGACUCCGAAUCCGACGCCUUGCGUCUUCUCCAGAGGAUAAUCUCCUCCUUCGACAAGGCCUUCGCCAUUCUUAAAUCGAAGUCGUCUGCAAGAGGUCUGCGAUUACCUUCCGAGGCUACGAGCGAUGAACUCAACAGAACAGAUUGUCGCGAUCAUGGCGCAGCUAAGAAAAGAAAGCUCCAGACUACAUGGACACAACAAGUGAGAGUUAGCUCGGAUAAUGGACUCGAAGGACCUGCCGACGACGGAUAUAGUUGGCGAAAAUACGGGCAGAAGGAUAUCCUCGGUGCUAAAUAUCCGAGGAGCUAUUACCGAUGCACGUACCGAUCAGUUCUAGGCUGCUGGGCGACGAAGCAAGUGCAGCGCUCGGACGAGGAUCCGACGGUAUUCGAGGUCACGUACAAAGGGGAACACACUUGCAGCUACCCAGCUGGCGAAGUUCCGGAGCCGCCGUCGUCACUAGAAAAACCAGAAAUGCAACAAAAUCAGGCACUAAUGAACUUAAAAACUAAUCUGAGAGUAAGUACGGAUACCUUCGAUGCUCAGGAGAUGACGCCGACUCUAUUCUCGUUCCCGCACGUAAGCCACGAUGUCGACAGCUAUUACUUCCCAAUCAGCAACCUCGACGAGAGUCGGUUGGGCAGUAAUUCGCCGCUGUUUAUAUCUCCAGCCACGUCAGAGUCGAAAUACUUACUUCCCACGACCUACGAAAUGAGUUCUAUGGGGGUGGGGGGUCACAAUUAUCAGCAUUCCGACUGCGAGAUAAUAUCUGCCAAUGCAUCGACAACAAAUUCCCCAAUCGGAGGCACAGAGUUCCAGCUCGAUCUUGCGGAUCUGGAUCCCGGCUUUCCAUUUAACACGGCAGGAUUCUUCUCGUAGUCGCAACAAAUAAAGAUCAUAAAACAGAAUAGUUCUACUGCAUUUAACGUAGGAUUCAAUAAUGUAUCUACUAGCAAGAUUUAUGAUGUAUUCUUUCUAUUCGCAUGAACAAACAUCCAAAUCUAUUCAUUUGUUCCCAA